CAUGGGAUAUAGCUAACUGUCUGAUGGAUGAUGGCUGAAUAUCCUCAUGCUUUUUUGCACACGAUACCACUCCAGUUCCAGCAGCUCUUCUAAAAACCGAUUUUGAAAAAGGCAGAGGAAUAAUAAUGUCUCAAGAUUUCACAGGAAAGACAAUCAAAUGUCAAGCAGCCGUAGCUUGGGAGGCAAAGAAGCCCCUGGUUAUUGAAGAAAUUGAAGUCGCCCCACCACAAAAGGGGGAGGUUCGCAUAGAAAUUGUGGCCACCGGUGUUUGUCACACGGACGCCUACACUCUUGAUGGUCACGACCCGGAAGGACUUUUCCCCUGUGUUUUAGGUCAUGAGGGUGGCGGGAUCGUGGAGAGCGUGGGAGAGGGCGUCACUGCUUUUAAGAAAGGCGACCAUGUCAUUCCGUUGUACAUCCCACAAUGCAAAGAGUGCAAGUUCUGCUUGUCCCCAAAGACCAAUUUGUGUGGAAAAAUUAGGCUUACGCAGGGCAAGGGAGUGAUGCCGAAUGGCACAUCGCGGUUCACUUGUAACGGAAAGACGCUGUUUCAUUUCAUGGGAUGCUCAACAUUUUCAAAGUACACGGUCGUCUCUGAAAUAUCUUUAUGCAAGGUGGACGAAACAGCUCCCCUGAGUCGGGUGUGCCUUCUUGGGUGUGGAAUUUCCACCGGGUAUGGGGCUGCCUUAAACACGGCGAAUGUCGAGAAAGGUUCGACCGUUGGGAUUUGGGGGUUAGGAGCUGUCGGGCUGGCAGUGGCGAUGGGUUGUCGUGAAGCAGGGGCCUCUCGCAUCAUAGGGAUUGAUAUCAAUCCUGAUAAGUUUGAAGUUGCAAAAAAAUUCGGCUGUAAUGAAUUCGUCAACCCAAAAGAUCAUUCCAAAACUAUUCAAGAAGUGCUAAUAGAAAUGACGGAUGGAGGAUUGGACUAUACGUUUGAGUGCAUUGGAAAUAUCGCCACAAUGAGAGCCGCUCUUGAAUCGUGCCAUAAAGGGUGGGGACAAUCCAUAAUCAUCGGUGUGGCUGGUGCCGGCCAAGAAAUAUCCACUCGACCGUUUCAACUUGUUACUGGGCGAGUAUGGAAAGGUUCUGCCUUUGGUGGCUGGAAAAGUCGCGACUCUGUCCCCAAAUUGGUGGAGAGUUAUUUGAAAGGAAAAGUUAUGGUGGACGAAUUUGUCACGGGCGAAAUGCCAUUGGACCAGAUCAACGAAGCUUUCCAUCUCAUGCAUGCUGGAAAAAGUUUGCGGUCCGUCAUCUUGUACUGAUUCAACUUAUCCCGGUGUUGCACUCUCAUCAAAAUUAUUCAAAUUGGACGUUUCCUUUGAGAAAUAACGUGCAACAUGAUACCAAUUUGAAAAGAGGACUCCAAACAAAUACUCAAAAUAUGGCCUUAAUUAUCUCUCUACGUAUAUAUUCUUGAUACAAAAUGUUCAUUAAUUCAGAGCGCUUCCUGCUAAAUUAUAAUUUAAACUAAUUAUGCUAACGUGUGCAUUCACAUUAAGAGCUUUUCGUUCGUGCUAAUUGCACUCACGAUGAUCAAAAAGCUUUCAACAUUUCCAUGCAGUUCUUAGAAUUCUGUACAUAAUUGUGUUUCACACGGAAUAAAAGCUUCCAAGAAUCCUUUGAAUCUAAAA